AUGGCACCCAUUGGAAAGAAAUGCCUCUUGACUGGCUGGGGAUACGUAAACAAUGGAAGGAAACCUUUACCAAACAAUCUUCAAAUGUUGGAGUUCGAAACUAUAAGCAAUAAGGACUGCACUAGACAAUUAAAAAAGUCGCCUUACCCGAGAUUGCUGCCUUUAGACGACGGACAACUCUGCGCUGAGCGCCCGGACCACAAAGGUGCAUGCACUGGAGAUUUUGGUAGUCCUCUCGUCAUUCAGGACGACAAGAACAAAACUCUUCAAAUAGGACUCGCGUCCUGGGUAGUUCCCUGCGCCGAAGACUAUCCCGAUGUAUUUUCUUCAAUCCAUGGUUAUUACGAUUGGAUACAGAGCAAAAUUAAAUGA